AUGAGAAGGAUCCUGUUACCCUUGAUUUCACUCUUGGGCAUUGCUAGCUACGUGGAUGCUAGACACAAUAUCAUUGAUCAUGGAGCUAUCCAUAAUCAAUCUGACACUGCAACUGCGUUUAAGAAUGCCUAAGCCUUUUUGGAUGCAGUGAUAGCAGCAAACAGCUCUGAAACUGACAGAGAGGUCUAUAUUCCAAGUGAGGGAAACAUGGUUUUCACAUUAAUGCCAACCUAGCUCAAUCACUUGAAAAACAUCACUUUCACAAUUGAUGGAUAUGUAUACCUUUCUGAUGAUGACAAGAGUUGGCCAAAUGAUGGUCAUACUACAAACGAUUUCCUCUACAUUUAAGAUUCAGAAGACAUUCACAUCAGAGGAAAAGGAACUAUUGAUGGCCAAGGAUAUUGGUGGUGGAUGAGAGAAUACAUUGUAGCCAACAAGUUCGGCAGACCUUAGAUUCUUGGAAUGAGAAGAGUACAAAACUGCAUUAUCGAGGGAGUUAAGUUCAGAAACUCACCAAGAUACCACAUGGAGCUAAAUGAUAUAAACAACUUCCUUAUCCAAAACUUAGAAAUCAGAGUUGAUGUCCUAGAACAAAAGAAACUUGCUAUCAAGUACGGAAGGUUUAACUUUAAACUUGGCAUCCCAACUUUCCCAUUGAAUACUGAUGGAAUUGAUCCAGCAGGAAGCAACAUUCUUAUUAGAAACGUAAAUAUCACCAGUUAUGAUGACUCUAUUGCAGUCAAGCCAGCCAACAGUGGAUUUUAGAUUGCUAAAUGCUCUGAAAACAUCUGGGCUGAGAACCUCACUACAUGGAUGGGAGUUGGAAUGACUAUUGGAUCUGUACCACCUAACACCAAUCAUGCUUGCGUCAGAAAUGUAACAUUCAAGAAUGUGGAAUUCUGGUUCCCAUUCAAAGCUGUUUACAUUAAGUCAAAUCCAGGCAAUAAUGGUGAUGGCAUUAUUGAGAAUAUUCUGUAUGAAAACUUGAAAAUCUUUGAGCCAAUUUGGUGGAAUAUCUAUAUUGGACCCCAACAACAAAAGUAACCAGAUGGUGGUGGCCCAGGAUGUAUGAUUUACCCUAUUAUUAAAGAAUGUGAGACUCAACCUAGAAUCACGAUGAGGAACAUAACUCUUAGAAAUGUUCACUCAGUGGGAGGACUUCUACCAGGUGUCAUUAGAUGCAAUGAGACCAAUCCCUGCACUGACUUUACCUUUGAAAAUGUAAAGCUAGAUGGCCUCAUCUCCGACUUCAAGUAUGGAUUUAUCACUGAGAACAUCUUUGGAAAAGUUAUUGACUCAUAUCCAGCACCAAGCUUUAAUCAAUCCUCUACCAAUGAGGACAUUGAAAAAAUCGCAAACUACUUCAAGAAAUACCUUCAUGAACUUGAAGCAGUUGAGGAAUGA